AUGGGUUCCUCGACGGCGCAGCAGAAGCCGCACGUCGUGCUGGUGCCGUUCCCGGCGCACGGCCACGUCGCGCCGCACGUGCAGCUCGCGCGCGCCCUCCACGCCCGCGGCGUCCACGCCACGCUCGUCCACACCGAGCUGCACCACCGCCGCCUGCUGCAGGCCGCCAAGGCCGCCGCCGACGAUGCUGCCACGGCGGCGCCGGCGGACGAGGCCUUCGCCGUCGAGGUCAUCCCGGACGGGCUGUCGCUCGACGACCCGCCGCGCACGCUGCGGGCGGCCCACGAGGCGAUGGAGCGCAACUGCCUGGAGCCGUUCAAGGCGCUGCUGCGUGACCUGCUGCUGGGAACCGGCAGGCCCGGCGUGCCGCCGGUCACCUGCGUCGUGGCCGACACCCCGAUGCCGUUCGCGGCCGUGGCGGCGCGCGAGGAGAUCGUCCCGCUUAGCCCCGCCUACGAGACCGACGGCUCCCUCGACGCGCCGCUGGACUGGGUGCCCGGGAUGAAGGGCGCCCUGCGGCUCAGGGACAUGCCCACGUUCUGCCGCACCACGGACGCCGACGACUGGCUGCUGCACUUCCACGUCCACCAGAUGAAGAUCGCCGCCGCCUCCAAGGCGGUCAUCCUCAACACUGUCGACGACAUGGAGAAAGACGUCCUCGACGCGCUCGCGCCGCUCCUGCCGCCCAUCUACACCGUCGGCCCGCUCGCGAGCGUCGUCGUAGCCUUAGCAUCCACGGCGGCGGCGGCCACGACGACGUCCACGAUGGGCGUGUUGCAGGAGGACAAGGAGUGCAUGGCGUGGCUCGACGGCAAGGCGGCGCGCUCCGUCGUGUACUUCAGCGUCGGCAGCCACGCCAGCAUGGGCGACGCGCAGCUGAAGGAGAUCGCGUCCGGUCUGGCGCGGUGCGGCUCUCCCUACCUCUGGGUCCUGAGGCCAGAAAUGGCCGCCGAGGUCGAGGUCGGCGAGGACGGCCUGGUCGUGCCGUGGUGCCCGCAAGAGGCGGUGCUCAACCACCCGGCCGUGGGGCUGUUCGUCACGCACUGCGGGUGGAACUCCAUUCUAGAGAGCGUCGUCGCCGGCGUGCCCGGUGCUCGGAUGCCCCGUGCUAUCUGA